AUGUCGACCACGUCUUUAUUGGAACAUUGGAACAGACUAAAACAUGCAAAAUCGACUUCAUUUCUGAAGAGAAACAUGACAGAACUUAUCUUUAGACAGCUGAAAGACAGGGUUACCUUUCACAAUGGAACGUUAUUGGACUGCAUCAAAGGAGGGUGUAUCAACCUUGACAGCGGAUGUGGCAUGUAUGCCUCUGACCCUGAAGCAUACGAUGUGUUCUCGGAAAUAUUCCACCCGGUCAUUAAAGAUUACCAUAAAGUUGAUCAGGUCAGUCAUCCUAACCCAGAUUUUGGAGAUAUUAACAAUCUUGGGUUCGGAGAUCUCGAUCCUUCAAAGAGGUAUAUAUCUUCCACUCGUGUCCGUGUGGGGCGCUCACAAGCGGGCUUCCCUUUUCAUCCUACUGCCAAACUUAAGGAUCGCAUUGAACUGGAAUCUAGGGCUAAGAAUGCUUUGGAAACCUUCAGUGGGGAGUUGAAGGGAUCCUAUUUUCCAUUGGGUGAGAUGAGUAAAGCCAAACAACAUGAAUUGACUGAAGAUCACUUUCUCUAUUUACAGGAUAAUAGAUUUCUUGGUGAUGCCAACGUGUACGAUGAUUGGCCGAUUGGACGUGGGAUAUUCUACAACCCAGCAAAGACUUUUUUGGUAUGGGUGAAUGAAGAGGAUCAUCUCAGGUUCAUCUCUAUGCAGGAGGGCAGUGAUUUGGGAACCGUUUAUAAACGGUUGGUCACGGCCCUGAAAUUUGUUGACGAGAAUACUGACCUGAAGUUCGCCCACCACCCCAACAUGGGCUACCUAACGUACUGUCCCUCCAAUCUCGGUACCACACUGAGGGCCAGUGUACAUAUCAAAAUACCAUGUCUUGCGGGCCAACCGUAUUUCCAUGAUUUCUUAGAAAAAUAUCACCUGCAAGUAAGAGGAGUCAAUGGAGUGCACACGGAAAUGGUUGGUGAUGUUUACGACAUCUCCAACAAGAGAAGACUGGGUUUAACCGAGAUCCAGGUUGUUCGAGAAAUGAUCAAAGGCGUUGAGGCUGUACUCGCCGAAGAAAAGAGGUUGGAUGGCAGUGACACAACACUGUAA